CCUAACAAACAGAGCACGCUUUGUUCUUUCUUAAUAAGUCAAUGUUAUCAAUUUAUCAUAUUUCCGUUUCCUGCGUGGGAAACCUAUUCAUUCUCGUUUAAUUCACUCUUAUUUAAGAUGGGAUUGUUUAGCUAAAGCUGACACUAUUUGAUUUUUCUUUUCUUUGUAAUAUUUUAUAAUUUCUAGAUAUGUUUCACCCUCACACGAAUACCCUCAAACCAACUGGUUCUCUACCUCCUCUCAAGAUCAGAGAUCAUGCUUUGAUUUCAGACAGAGUUGGAGAAGCUACUCGAUCGCCGAAGAUGGAUCCCGGGAUAUGGAGCCGACUGCCGGAGGAGCUACUUGAUCAUGUAUUGUCUCUAUUGCCUCUAAAAGCAUUCUUGAAUCUCAGAUCAACUUGUAAGCGUUUCAGGUCUCUUAUAUUUUCUCCUUGUUUUAUGUCUAAACACUGUUCUUCUGGUUCACCUUUCUCUUCUUUUCUUUUACUCUCUCACCCUCAGUUUUAUCAUCGUUACUGUUUAUAUGAUUCUAUGAUUGGUACUUGGCGCAACUUAAACUUAUCACUCUCUUUUUUGCUACGCUGCACCGCUGGUGUGGGUGGUAGUUCACAAUCUUGCACUCUUGUGUCAUGCUCUAAUGGGUUAUUUUGUUUCUCUCUCCCCAACUCAUGUUCUUUUGUUGUUUGCAAUUUCUUAGCCAAAUCUUCGAGGGUUAUUGAAUUUCCUCUUUACCCUUUUGGUUUUGAGUCACUUACUUUUGUUUCAACACCAUUUGGGUACAAAAUCUUUGUGCUAUGCUCCAAAUUGUCAUCACUUUCAGCUUUACUUUAUGAUUCAAAAAUGGGAUCUUGGGAAACAUUUGAUAGUCUUGAGCCAAUUCUAAGUGACAAUUGUCAUCAAGAAGGUGUGUAUUUUAAGGGGUCAUUGUAUUUUUCCACGCCAGAGCCCUUUUCAAUAGUUUGCCUUGAUUUGGAGGAAGGAAAGUGGAAGAGAUUUACCAAUGAAUUGCCAGAAGACAUCACUUUUAUUAGAUUGGUAAGUGAUGGUGAAGGGAAAUUAUAUCUGCUCGGUGGAAUUGGAAGAAAUGGGAUUUCAAGGAUCAUGAAGUUAUGGGAAUUGGGAAAUGGAGGGAAUUGGACGGAAAUUGAAAGUUUGCCAGAAAUGAUGUGUAGAAAAUUUGUGUCAGUUUGUUACCAUAAUUAUGAACAUGUUUACUGUUUUUGGCAUCAAGGAAUGAUAUGUGUGUGCUGCUACACAUGGCCAGAGAUAUUGUAUUACAAGGUUUCAAGAAGGACAUGGCAUUGGCUGCCUAAAUGCCCUUCAUUGCCUGAUAAGUGGAGCUGUGGUUUUAGGUGGUUCUCAUUUGUUCCAGAACUAUAUGCUGUUGUUUGAGGCAUUUGUCCUUUCUGUCUCACUUUCUCUGUGAGUUGUGUUUUUCUUUUCCUUUUUCUUUUUUGCUUUACAUAUGUUCUGUAUAUUUCUAAUAAGUUAGAAGCUUAUUAGAUUUGUCUGUUUGGAUUUGGUUCUUUUUAUGGAUAUUGAGAAUCCUGGUUUUUGGAUGCGUUUGUUAA